ACGUAGACCAUCAGCGCCGCCACGUGCAGCAAACCAGACAUGGCGACAGAAGAAUGUGAAGAAGAUUACUUUGUUAGAGAAAUAGAGAAAAACAAUGGGUCUGUGUUAAGAAUGUAUCAGUGCAGCAAGGGUGAUGUGGGAUGCGUAGUAUGGGACGCUGCUAUCGUUUUAUCAAAAUAUCUAGAAACGCAACAAUUUUAUAAUGUUCAGUCUGAUGCUAGUACAUGGCACGCUAAAAACAUUAUUGAACUGGGCGCAGGAACAGGACUAGUGGGUCUCGUGGCUGCCACUCUGGGGGCUAAUGUUAUAGUGACAGAUCUGGAAGACUUGCAGCCUCUUCUGCAACUGAACAUUAGGAAAAAUCAGAAUCUCAUUCGUACAGGUUCAAUCACAGCCAAGGUACUGAAAUGGGGAGAAAAUGUGGAAGACCUCCUACCUCAACCUCAUUAUAUUCUGAUGGCUGACUGCAUCUACUAUGAGCAGUCUGUAGAGCCUCUAGUGCAGACUCUGAAAUGUCUUGCUGGGCCUGAGACAUGCAUCAUCUGUUGCUAUGAACAGCGCACUGUUGGUGUAAAUCCUGAGAUUGAAAAGAGAUUCUUCGAGUUACUUCUGCAAGACUUUCAGUCUGAGGAGAUCCCACCUGAGAAACAAGACCCAGAGUUUAGCAGUCCAGAUAUUCACCUCCUCCAUCUGAGACGAAGAAUUGUAUAAAAACCACAAGCUUCUUUUAACUUGAGUAAACUUGUAUGCAGAUUUGUAUAUGUUGUCUUCAUUGGACUGUUGUGUGGGACAGGUUUCAGUCAUUAUAACAAAAUAUUUUUGCUUUUCUUUUCCCCAGUUUUUUUCUCAACAUAUUGACCUUAUUUAAAUGCAGUCUACUUAACCUCAAGUGCUUGUUAUGCGUUUUGCAGAGAUUCAUUUUAGGAUUCAUUAGACAAAAAGUGUACUACUGUAAGUAAUUGUAUGUAUCAGGGUUCCCACGGGUUUUUAAAAUCCUUGAAAGUUUGUGAAUCUGGGGGAAAUAAUUCAAGGCCCAGGGAAGUUUUUGAAAAUAUACAUACAUAGAAGGUAAUUGCAAGAAGUUUUCUGGAAACAAAAUCCAUAUUAUUCCCUGUGUAGUGUAGGAUACUAUCAUCAAAUUUCUAGCCUUUUAAGCACCCAUGCUAAACUGUUUUCUUUAAAUGCUUACAUCUUCUGUAUGCGAAUGUUAAUUCGUACCAAAAUGCUUUUUUGCAUAGUUGUUCCCUGAAAAGGAAACGAGACACUGCAUCACCCCUUGCCAUACUUCCUGUGUCCCUGUUACGCCAUCUAUGGCAAUAUUUCAAAUAGCAAUAUACUUCCUGGCUCCCACGUCACCCUGUCUUUGUCAUUUAGCCUCACCGUUGGUAAAUUUGAUAUACAGAUUUAGACGCAUUUACCCCUGGAGGCGUCUCCAAAGUAUCACCACAGUGAUGCAGCGCUAGUUCCCUCGAAAGCGAACUGUAAAAAUGUAUCUUAACAGGUAACAUGAUGUAACCUUGCUCUCAUUUGAGAUGUGUCCCCACAUUUCCUUGAAUUUGAGGAUGUUGAACCUGGAAAGUCUUUGAAAGGUCCUUGAAUUUGAGGUUAGCUAAGGUGUGGGAACCCUUAUGUAUACACACACACACUUUACAGAUUUGGAUGGCAUAAAAUAGUCUCAAAUACAUUUUUAAACAGUUAUUCGCUUAAUUAAAUAAGAGUUUUAUUUUCUGUAGUCCAAUGUUUUUUUAGUCCAGUUAAUGAAUUUUACAUUAAGUGUGAUAUGGUAACAAACACUGUCUCAAGUUAACUUAAAGCAUUUUGUUAAAUCAAUUUAAUUAAAAACAUAAAUAUAUUUUGUUUUGUUUCGUUAUCAGUUUUACAUAAUGGAUCUCUUUGGUCCUUUGUGUAUAUUGGAGUAUGGAUCCACAAGUGGGGAGGAAUUCUUUAUACACUCUCAGAUGAAAAGGUACAAAAGUGUCGAUGGGGUGGUACCUUCUAAAAAAGGUUCUAAUAUGUACCAUUUUGGUACAGAUGUCUGCGGAACUAUCAAUGUACACCUUUUAUGUAGGCUACAAAAAUGUACUUUUUAAAAAGUUACCACCCCAGUGACAACUUUUGUUUGUUUUUAUUAACUCAUGUUGGCCAAAGUGCUUUCCAAUAAAACAACAUGUAACCAAAACAAAAACAUAAAAACAACAUGACAUAAACAAACGAGAUCAUCAUGACUGUCUCAAAGCAAAUGCUUGGGCAAAUAAGUGCCCUCUGGAAUCUGUUUUAAAAUAACCUAAUGAUGUACAGUACAACAUCUGAUUUACAGUGGCAGGUCAUUCCAGAGGAAAGGUGCCACAAAAAAAGGAACGAAAAGGCACCAUCUCCUUUGGACUUUAAGCAGGAUUUAGGGACCUUUCUUUUUUUUUAGAUGAACUCAUUGGCUGUGUCGUUUUUUUUGUACCUUCUGUACCUUUCUUUCUGAGAGUGUAUGACGGCUAGAUUACAUCAUCUCCAACGUUGUUCCUGAAGGGCACAUGUCCUGCAUAUGUUAGUUCCAACCGUACUCCAACACCCUACACCUCUUAUUUUUUCGGUAGCCCUGAACAACUUGAUGAGCAGGUUUAGGUGUGUCUGGAGUUGGAACUGAACUUUGCAGGACAAGUGCCCUCCAGGAACAGGGUUGUAGAUCUAUGGAUUAGAUAUUUCAUGAACAAACUUAAUGUCUUGUGAAUCAGCAGUUUUUUUAUGAAUUGUUUUUUUAUAUAUUAAUUUAAAAUAGUAUACAAAAUAUCAACAAUUGCUUUAAGGUUAUGACU